GGGCGGAGAUUGAACUCGGUGCUGCGGGGAAAGAGGCGCAAAAGCGAUACGUCAAAAUGGGAGACGUGACGAUACAAGUUCACAAGUCUUGCGUGCACUCGUCUAGCCUGGCUGCGUAAGCAUGUCCACAGAUGACAGCAUCUCAGAGGACGUGUCUAGCUCCGUGGCACUGAGCCACGACCACACAAGCCCCAAUGGAGGGAAGGAGAGCGAGGCAUCCGUGGUUUCCUCCGCAGACACAGUGUCAGGGCUGGCUCUUCCCGAAGAGGCCGCUGUGAUAACGCGACCAUCCAGCACACCAGCAUGCACCAUUUCCAGCAAAAUAAGGAGUCUGUGUCUCAGUGGCGCUGAGGAGGAUUUCAGCUCAGGGAGAAGUCUUCCCUUCAUCAACCCCAGUUCUUUAGAGACGCUUCGAGCGUUGGUGCACGAGAUCCAGAGCAGCGAGACUGACCCUGAAAUCUGGAAAAACUGUGAGGGCAGGUGGCUCCACCUCUUUCAGCUGGUGGAAAAGCAAUAUCAAGAACAAAUUCUUGCUCAGCAAGAACAGUAUCAGUGCCAAAUACAGCUCAUUCAGGACGAGAUCAAAGCAUUAGUGCAGCUACAGAAGCAGCAAAGCGGUGCACGGUCGAACCGCUCAGGCACAGUCAAGACUUUGGAGCCUCCAGCGGACCUGGAGCAUGAAAUCCAGGCUUCUAGCCCCACAAAUGUCAGUUCGAACCCUCAGGAGAGCUCAGACGAUGGCUUGGUGACUGUCCAGAGCAGCGGCUAUGGCACUCUGUCCACAUGGGAGCCUGGAACGACAACGGCGAGUCUGGAAGGAAAGGACGGGGUGUUUCUCUCACGAAAAGAGCAGGACCGCAGCACUUCACGCUCCCUUUUGGCAAAAACACAGGGGCAAGACAGCAUCCCAAGCAGGAAUGCAGCUUCUAAUACUUCACCUCACACAGCUUUCUCAACCGUGCCAAAUCAUCCUGCUGACCAGCAGAGGCUAAACAGUAAACCGCUGACCUCCUGGGCCCAGAGGCAGAAACAUAUUCAGAGAAAAAGCAAAACAGCAAAAAAACAGUCACUGCAGAAGGAGGGGAGAGAAGAGAGCAGGCCAAGUGGCUCUCCAAAGGAACAUAUGGAACAUGUGGAUGAAGUUCGACACAGUGCAGUUCAUUCGAACCCCGCUGCCCUGAAGAGGACUGACAGCCUUGUGUCCGAAGCCUCGGGUCUUACUUACUGGAAGCUAGAAGAAGGCGAGCUUUACCGCCCUCUACCAGACAGCUUUGAAAACCGCUCUUUCCUCCUAAUGCAGGAUGUUAACCUGAGCCAGCCUUCAGAAGAUGAGGCACGACUAUCUCUGUCUCUCCGAGAGAUCUACCAGAACAAGCAGACGGUGGAUCCUAAAGGCCAGGAGUGGGACUCCUUAAUCAACUCUGAUGCAUCUUCCCCUCAGGUGCUGACUCUGGACCCCGGAGCUCAUACGAGGCAGUCAGAGCGUACAUCAGGCUUCACGUCUCCCUCGCGCUUCAGCAGCCCCACCUCGCCCAUAUCGCACACCUCACCCACCGUUCCCCGAGUUUAUAGUGAGGAUGAAGGAAGCCGCACCGCCACCACGACACUGCAGGCCACUGGCUCGUCUGUACACGAGCCACGACUGGACAGCAGGAAACCGGAUGCUUCGGCUUCACUGGACGACCCUGUGGUACUCUCAUUACUGAGACAGAAACAGAGGGAGAAACACGCACGGCACAUAGCAGACCUCCGAGCAUACUACGAGUCAGAGAUCAGCGCCCUGAAGGAAAAGCUAGAUUUGGUCAAUUUACCUCUGGACAUGGAGAAAAGCAACCAGAUCCUGCUAGAACGGUGUGAACACUUGGAGCGGGCUCUUACAGAGGCGAGUAUGCGCAUCAGAGAACUGGAGAAUAAGAACCGCCACCUGGAGAGACAGCUGGCGGAGUGGCCCGAGUGCUACGAUGCAGCAAGUUCCACAGUUAAGGCCCUGCAGCAGCGUCUGGAGGAGAGCAAACAGAGCAGCAAGGAGAAAGAUAACACCGUGAACAAGCUGAGGAGCCGCCUGCACCAGCUGGAGGAGGCUGUACAGAACGCCUGUAGAGACGUGGACGAAAAGGAGGCACGCGUGAAGAAAGAGCACAAGAUGCUGCAGGACCUGCUUCAAGAGUAUGACUCAUUAAGAAAAGAUCACGAGAGAGCGAAGGACAAUUUGGUGUCGACCGAAAAUAAACUCUACGACGCCAAGGAAGAAAUAGCAGAACUGAAAAGGAUCAUUUCUAAAUUGGAAGCCCAAGUGAAGCAGAUGGAACAUGAGAACAUGGCUAAAACUCGUCAGGCUUUUCACAACCACUUGCAGCCUUCGGGAGCUGGCUUAUACCACCAUCCUGAUCUUCUACUUUCACCAAGCAAAAGGCAGCGCGAUGUGGAAUACGGCACAAAGAAUCCUGGAGUUUCAGAAAAAGGAGGAAUAGGAAGAGGCCGUCCUUCACCUCCAGACAGAGAGCAGACGCACGAGGAGCCGACGAGGAGGGACGUGUCCCUGACCCCCAUGAUGAAGGCUCUGAUUCAGUUGGAGGACACCAAAGCCACAGAAGGACGGGCUAUGACAAAACCCCACUGUGGUUCUCCCAGGUUAGGAAGUAAAAGACCCACAGUAGCAUUUGUGGACAGUGUAAGAGUGCCUUCAUUGGAAAAAGGUGAAGCUGUACUCAGAGCUCAAAGGAGUCUUUCUCCAGAAGGCCAUCGCUCAUCAUCUCUUCCCCCCAAAGCACAGAGAGCAGGUCCUCCAUCCACACCGACAAAGAGAGAAACUCUGCUCUAUCCGCUCUCGGCAAAGUCCAGUCCUAAGCGAUGCCCAACAGAGAACGUGUCCACUGCAUUCGGUCGCCCCAUGCAUUGCCAAAAGCACCUGCAUAACAGGUUUGAUUUGCACUUUGAUCAAACGGGUUUCAGCUCGCCGCCGCCGUCUCGCCGCAACUCGAGAACAAGGCUGCAGCUCACGCCGGAAGGUGAAACUCCAGCACAGGCUGUAGAGAGCAGUGAAUCUGACGAGCAAGAGGUUACAGACCUGGACCUGCUAACCCACAACCAUGAGGACGAGCUUAUCCUCCCUCGUGUUCAGUCUCUAGACGAUGCUGAGAAGCUGUUCGACGAGCUCGCGCAGGAGAAACAGCAGAUCGAGGCAGCACUCAGUCGCAUUCCUGGGGCUGGAGCCAGGGUCACCUUGCAGACCAGGCUGGAUCAGGCGUCUUUAGAGAACCGUUUGGAAAAAGUGAACCGUGAUCUGGGAUCCAUCCGCAUGACUCUGAAAAGAUUCCACAUUCUCCGCUCCUCUGCCAACAUAUAGCGAGCGGUCGCUUCCCUCUUCUAAGGAUUGUAAAAGGUUUUUGACUGACUGGGACACAGGACACUUCCACUGUACAUAAUAACUAUGGUCAAUAUUUCUACUUUUGUUAUGGUAGGAUAUUUUUAAUGUUUAUAUGAUAUGUUUUAAUACGCAGUACAGAAACUCAUUUUUAUAGUAUAUUUUAAUACACAGAUUUGUUUUAAAAAAGAUGUACUUUUUUAUCUCAUGUAAGUAUGUCGUAUGCUUGAACGAUUCAGGUUGACUUUUUGUUUUCUCUUUGUUUUGCUGCUGAUACAAAGAACGGCAAAAAAGAACAGAACAGGACAUUUAAAGGGUUGAUUUUUUUUAUUGUUCUUUUUUUUUUUUGUUUUAUUGUGCAGUUAAUGUCACUGUUUAUUUAAAAAAAAAAACAAAAAACUUUUUUUUUAAUUCCAGUUGUACUUGAAUCUUGUUUAUUUAUUCUUUUUUUUUAUCCAAGUUAUUUUUUCUUCUUGUGAGCCAUUUUGAUUCACCAGUUCCUGUGCCACAUGUGAAUAUUUUAUAUAACACCUCAAAUAGAGUUUAGUUUUAGAUUCCUCUAUGCGUCAUUUCACGAAUCGACCAACUCUCUCACACUUUCUGCACCUAGACAUCGGUUUCUCUUUUAAACGUUCCGCACAUUACUUUUCUUACUUCUUCCUUCGACUAUAUCGAAUGUUUAUGCACUCUUUUACAAGGCAGAACUUCGACACCUUUAGAUGCGUGUGCCACUUUGAAUAGAAUGCCUUUGUAAUGCAUGGAAAAUUGAAAGAAUUUGAAAUUAUUCACUUUAAUACUUUUGAAUUAGGCUCUUUCAUUCCCUGUAGAUCGUGGGAUCGCUAUUUACUCUUAUUACCAAGCACCUCAAUAAAAAAUAUUUCAAAAUGCAAAACUAGCUGUCGCAGUUGUUACGGCUUUGCAUUAGAAAGACGGGAAUUAAAAUCCGAGGACUGCCAGAGAGCCGGCGAUGCUGCUGCAGCCCUUGAGCAAUGUCUGUUAAGCUCAUCUGCUCUGUUAUUGGAUUGGAUUCUGCCUCAGUUUUAAGAUGCAUAGCUUUUUUUUCUCUCCAAAUGAAUAAAUGUAAAAACUCAUUA